AAAGGGAACUUGUUAAGUUCAUGAAACCUUUUCAAAAUUUGACAGAAGUUGUGAAUGGGGGGAACUCUUUCUCUAUUCUGCCAUUGAUCAAACAUAAAAUUGCAUCACUUUUAAAGGUUUAUAUUGAUGAUUUACCUGUGAUAAAAAGUAAAAAAUGGCUUGUGGCUUAAAAUUAGAACAGCGCCUAAAACUGUCACAAACGGCCAAAUUAUCAUGUCUCUUAGAUCCAGCAGUUAAGUCUAUCUUCCCAAAUAAUGAAGCAAUUAAUAUACUAUUAGAGACUUUAUCAAGUUUUACAGAAAGUUUAAAUUCACAUGCAGCAGUCAACAAUGUAACUCAUAACAAUGACAAUAAACUAUUGAAAGAUGAAAAUUAUCCUACUGCAAAGAAAUUGCUGCUUCAAGAAAUUAAAGCUGCGCUUCCGAAUUACGAUCAAAACGGACAUCAAAGAUUAGCCAGGGAAGUCAUUAAUUAUAUUAAUUGUCUACCAACAGAAGAAGAAGAAAAAGACCCUAGAGUUUUGGAAAAAUAAUCAUAAAAAGUUUCCUCAUCUGGCAUGUCUGGCAAGUGAAUAUUUAUGCAUUCCAUCAAGCAGUGUAGAAGUGGAAUGCAUGUUUUCCACUGCUGGAUUAAUUGCCAAUUCUCGAAGAAGUUUACUAGAUCCAACUAAUAUGAACAUGAUUAUUUUUAUACAUGAUAACAUUGGUUUAUUGUAAAUUAAUUAGGGUUGUCAUAUA